UGUGUCACUUCGUUAUUAGAUACAUCAGAUUAAUGUUAAGAAAUUUAUGUUGAACAUUAUUGGUAUCAAACAAACUACAAUAUUCUUUUGAUUGAAGUUAGAUACCUUGAUUAGGAAGCCUUUAAAAUACAGUCUCCUAUAAAACUAAGCUCAUGACCUAAAAUUAUAUUAAAUAACACACCGCAAGUUUUGUAGCUACUAGGAACUUUAAAGCCACUCAAAGCAGUCGGGCGUGUGUUUCAAGAAAGCGCAAGGCUGAUGUGUCGAUGUGUUCACUCUUAACAAGAAAUAAAAGUAAUAAACUAUUUAUAUGUUAGGAUAUAGGAACGUUUUUAUUGAGACAUAAACAGCUGGAGUAAAAGAUCUGCCCACAGCUGGUGCUGAUGGAACAAUAGAAUCUACAUUGAAAUAAUGACUUUAUUUUGUUUCGUUAUUGUGAUAUCAGCCACACUACAUAUAGGAGAUUUCUUUAUAUCAUACGGCACAAAGUGUACAAGCAACGCAACAUGUAUAGUUGGUACCCUUUGUUUGCCUGGUGUUGAUAACAUCAAACGAUGUCUUUGUGAGGAGAAUAAAUUCAGAACAAACAAGAACACCUGCAACUUAUUAUUUGAUCUGAGAGUUUACAACAUAAAAAUAGAUAAAGUGACACCAACAAGCAUCAAGUUGAAUUGGACAAGUGACUACGUUCAAGGGAUUUCUGCAAUAUUCAAUGUUUCUUACAACGAUACUUAUCAACUAGGAGAUGAAAAUGGAGUCAGAGUUGACAACUUAAGUCCUGAUACUCAAUAUAAAUUUACAAUUAAAGUCAUUAUUUCAGCUAAAGACUUAGCGCACGAACCAAAAUAUGGGCCAAAUAUCACCAGUAGUGUCAGGACAAGUGCUAUAGUCACUGCAUCGUCUUCAUCUGCGUCACAUACUACUCAGCCACAAGUUGAUUCGACCAACUUAGAGACCGAAUCAGACCCUAAUUCAUUGAAUAUAUCCGUUGCAAAUAUGUCAGAACCAGGAGCAAAGGAAACAGGCAUCAAUCCAAUUGUUAUAAUUGUGGUGGCUAUCCUGGUGGUUAUUGCCCUUUUGACUGCAAUUCUUUUGUUUAUCUUGCUACGACGUUACAAAAACCAGGCCACAAAGAGAGGAACUGAGCAUACAAACAACUACACUGACAUCAAUUCCUUUCAACGACUGUCCCAAGCAUCUGAUCGAAAUAAUAAAAACGACCAUGAGCACCUGAGGAAACCACAAACAGCUCAAGAGACUGUCAAGCAAAAGACUAAUAAAGACAAGGAUCUGUCACAUUCUAAAGAAGCAAAUGCCAACAUUUACAACGAUACAAAUAGUCUGCUUCUAGUUUCAUCAAAAAAUGAAGACAGAACAUCUGGCGCCAGCACCGCAGCAAAUGAUGUCGUCGCUGUUGGGAACGCUGUUGCUACGGACUCCGUCUAUUCUCACCUGUCGCACUAUCACACACAGAAACGGACAGAAACUGAAAAUAUUUAUAAUGUCUGAUACAAAGUUAUAUAUUGUAUUGGUUUCAUGUCAAAAUGCUAUUAAAAUUAUUUAUAAAAUC